UCCUCCUCCAGCAGCAGCGGCAGGCAACUAUUUGCCCGGGACACAUACGUGAGCCUCCUCAAAUUGGUGCGCUAAUCCUAAAAGGAGCCAUGAAGUGUUAAAUGGCAGAAAGAGGCAGAGCGGCGCUCAGACUCACGCACGCCGGGAGACAGGCAGGGAACGCCGCUGCUGCUCCACUGCGUCACACCGAAGGGGAACACAUUCAAAAAAAAAAUAUAUAUAUAUAUAUAUACUAGAACAACAGAAACAAAAAAAAAACCUCACCCAAACUUCUUUCCCGAAGCGAAUCAGUGCGAGGAGCGCACUGUAUUUCUUCUGUUUUUAUGUUUUUAUUUUCAAAAAUUUUGAACAUUUCCUCCGCUUGAAGUAAAAAAAGAAAUCAAGCUGGCUCAGUGCGUGUCUCAACAGCCCACUUUGACAGGCGCUCCUCACCCCCUUUGGAGGACUGUCAACAGCAAGAGGAUGGCAUCAGAGCUGGCAAUGAGCAACUCCGACCUGCCCACCAGUCCCCUGGCCAUGGAAUAUGUUAAUGACUUCGAUCUGAUGAAGUUUGAAGUGAAAAAGGAGCCGCUGGAGCCCGAUCGCAGCAUCAGCCAGUGCAGCCGCCUGGUCGCCGGGGGAUCCCUGUCUUCCACCCCGAUGAGCACGCCCUGCAGCUCGGUUCCCCCCUCUCCAAGCUUCUCGGCGCCCAGUCCGGGAUCAGGGAGCGAGCAGAAAGCGCACUUGGAGGAUUUCUACUGGAUGACCGGCUACCAACAGCAGCUCAACCCCGAGGCUCUGGGCUUCAGCCCGGAGGACGCCGUAGAGGCGCUGAUCAGCAGCAGCCACCCGCUCCAGAGCUUCGACGGCUAUGCCAGGGGGCAGCAGUUCGCCGGGGGGGCGGCCCCGGCGGGCGCCAUGGCCGGGGAGGAGAUGGGCUCGGCGGCCGCCGUGGUGUCGGCGGUCAUCGCUGCGGCCGCGGCGCAAACCGGCGCGCCCCACCACCAUCACCACCACCAUCACCACCACGCGGGGGCACACCACCCGUCCUCCGGGUCCCAGUCCGGCGGCGGAGGCGGCGGCGGCGGCGGCGGCGGCGCAGGGGGCAACAACAACAACAACCACCACCACCACCACCAUCCGCACCUGCGCCUGGACGAUCGCUUCUCGGACGAGCAGCUGGUCACCAUGUCAGUGCGGGAGCUCAACCGGCAGCUGCGCGGGGUCAGCAAGGAGGAGGUGAUCCGUCUCAAGCAGAAGAGGAGGACGCUUAAGAACCGCGGCUAUGCCCAGUCGUGCCGCUACAAGCGGGUGCAGCAGCGGCACGUCCUGGAGGGCGAGAAGACGCAGCUGAUCCAGCAGGUGGACCACCUCAAGCAGGAGAUCUCCCGGCUGGCCAGGGAGAGGGACGCCUACAAGGAGAAGUACGAGAAGCUCAUCACCACCGGCUUCAGAGAAAACGGGGGCUCCGGCAGCGACCACAACCCCUCGUCCCCGGAGUUUUUCAUGACGUCGAGAAAAUUCCUCCAUCUGUGAUCGAGAAUUUGGACUUCAACGUCCCGUCACCCUCAGUCAGAGAAAUCCUUCCACUGGAACGCUGAUGUUUCAAGAUGGACGUACAGCACGCGGACUGCCAUAAAGCACAAGGUCUCAAAAAGCAACCCAACCAACGGCGGCGAAACUUUGACCCCCGAAUCCCCGUCAGUGUAAAAAUACCCCAAGAAAAGUCAUUUCAAAUUAAACCAGACUGAAAUCCGCCACGUCCCUCUGAUCAAAACGACAAGAAAAACAAAUACAAAACAUGUCUUAUUAAAAAAAAAAAAAAAAAAAAAAAAAACAAUACCUCCAAAUUGUAAUAAAGUCUUACCAGAGUGCAGUUUAUAAAUAAAUAGGUUCAUAUAGAAAACCGGAGAAAAAAAAAUUAUGAAGUGAUGUCCACGCCCCUUUAGCACACAUCCAUAAAUCAGGAUGUUGUAAAUAUUGUACACACAACAAGUAGGGACAUUAUUUAAAAAAAAAGUUGAAUUAUUGCAGAUUUAUGUACAGAAUCAUACCUCUAUGUGUGUUGGUGUAAACAUGAGUUUCUUAACACCCUGAAGGAUUAACACACGUGUAGGUAACUUUUACAGAGAACGGACCCAAAAAAAAAAAAAAAAACGUUUGGGAAGACGGGAGAAAGAAAGAAUAUUAGGGCCACAAUGAGAAG